UUCUGCACGUGUUUCUAGCGCAUUCUGUGCGUCUUGGUAGCCGGUAAGGAGAGGAGAGGGGAGAUCAGAUCAGAAGAAUAGUAAUAAUAAAAGGAAGAAGUAGUGCAGUUAUGUUGAAGUCUUUAACACGCGCUGUUAGCAUCGCGGCUCGCCUUACGAACAAGGCCCCGAGUGCGUCUGUGUGCCGAGCUACUGAGCCGCUCGUCAGAUCCGUGCUGUGCGCUCCGACCUCGGCCACGACCCGGCCGUUCACGCGCUCGAUAUGGUUGAUGUGCGGCAACAACGGCGCGGCGUCCGACCGCAGAGCCAAACUGCUCGCUUCCAAACACACUCUUCCUUCCUGCGGCUGUGGAGGCCUUCAUACAGAAGGUGACAAAGCGUUUGUAGAAUUUCUCUCAGAUGAAAUCAAAGAGGAGAAGAAGAUCCAGAAAAGCAAGACGCUCCCCAAGAUGUCCGGAGGAUGGGAGCUUGAGCUGAAUGGCACCGAAGCAAAACUUACCCGAAUCAUCUCUGGAGAGAAAGUGACCGUCACAUUCAACGUAAAUAACAGCAUUCCCCCAAACAUGGAGGAAGAGCCAGAGCAGGGCCAGAAGGCUGAGGACAACGAGCCUGACAUCGUCUCCACACCUAACUUUGUGAUUGAGGUGACUAAACAGGGGGCGAAGAAUUCCCUGGUGUUCGAUUGCCAUUAUCCAGAGGAUGAGAUCGGCCACGGCGAAGGAGAGGACGAGAGCGAGAUCUUCACCAUCCGUGAAGUCAGUUUCCAGCCUGAAGGAGACGAGGACUGGAAGGAGACAAGCUACACCCUCAACACAGACUCUCUGGACUGGGCUCUUUAUGACCAUUUAAUGGACUUCUUGGCUGAUCGUGGUGUUGACAACACCUUUGCAGAUGAGUUGAUUGAGCUGAGCACAGCACUGGAGCAUCAGGAGUACAUCAAGUUCCUGGAGGACCUUAAUGGUUUCAUCAAAUGCCAGUGAUCUGAUUGUGUGUAGUUUUCUCCUGUCCAGCUAAUAGGAAAUACUAAAGAUACAGAAACAAGAAAAAGACCUAGUACACAACUUUUAUACUUUAUUUUGUAUUUUGAACUAAAUUAAGUGUAGUAUAAGGUCUUGAAUGUACAUGUUAAGCUGUUAAUUUAUGGGACUUGACCUAUUGAGGCGUUAGAAGCAUAGUUAGAAACCAAGUCCAGCACUGGGCUUAAUUUGUCAGGGAUGCAUUAGGGGAAAUUAUAUUUGCAAGAAAAUAGUUGUGCAAAGCUGAAAAGUUCAAGAUUCGGAAAUGUUUGUCAAAUGAAACAGAUCCUUAUAUUCUAUCGACAUCCUUCCAUCGUGUCCUCUGUGCUCUCAGAAUAAAUAUUUCAUCAUCAAA